CGCUUAUUUGCCCAACGCAAAAGUCCUCCUGUUCUUAUUGAACCGCAGAUGAGACGACUCUUGAUGAUUGGCACGCCCUGAGAUUCGCCUUCUGUGCGACCGCUUCAUGCAUGGGGAUUUUGACGUGCUACUCAGCCACUCAGCGCCCUGCAAGCACUGCCUCAUUCUCCAGCUCGAGGCGACAACGCCUUGCAGUCCUCCACGAUACUUACACUAGCCCGCACCGCCCACGACCGCCCAACGCUCUGCCUGGCUUCUCAUGACCAUGGGGUCAUGCGAGUUUCGGUCACUAGCUGACCGGCACAGCCCGAGUGAAGAUCAUAAGUACUCAGGCUGGAGAUCCUACUGUCUUUCCUGAUUCCUUCUCUAGCGCUGGAUUCGACUUUGCUUGAAUCGUGCGAACGGAGCGUCUUUUUGCAUUGUUUCGAGUUUCACCCUGCACGAUCCAUGACACUGUCUCCCAACUUGGCUCGAUCCACCGCUGAAGGACUCUAAGAAGGCCCGCAGUUUUUGACCUGCAUUCGACCUCAUUGAGUUCUUCGGUCGUGAAAACCGGGUCAACGCGCACCUUCGACUUUACGAACGAGAUGGCGGCACAUACAGUUCAUGGCAUGCCUUUUGUUACAGCGACUCCUUCACUCCACAGACACCCGCCGUUGUUGCCCCGCCCUUCAACCGGUGUGAAUGUGCCUCUUGUCCAAAGGUCCGCAGCAGUCGUCCCUCGGACCGCUGAAGAGUGGAACGUACACCGCGACUUGAUCACCCAGCUGUAUCAGGACAGGGAGUUGCCUCUUCGUCAGGUGCAAAAGAUAAUGGAGACUGAGUACAAGUUCAAGGCAACCAAACGAAUGUACACCACCCGGCUGAAGCAGUGGAAUAUCUGCAAGAACUAUCGUGCCGAAGAAAAAGAACUGCUCGCUGCCCGGAUUGCUCAGGCACAUCUUGAGAAUCGGUCGCUCGAUACUAUCACGUUCAAGGACAAGCCGGUCAAAUUUCAUCGUGUGUUGCGGCAUUCUAGAGCUACAGCUCGAAAGAGAAGAGGUGCAGAGAUCGAGCCCAGCCGGAAGAGGAGGAGAGUCUUAGAAUCGGCAGAAGAGUCGUCUGAUUCAAGCAGCUCAGGAGAGUCUCCCGGCCAAAUGGUUCGUGUGCCAGGACCAUGGGAAAAUACCACACAUAGGACUUCCGAGUUCGUGAGCUCCUCGAACCGCAUGGCCUUGGUCACCCCGGUGUCAGGCUACAGCAGUUCAACGAUUCUGACACCUUCAGGGGGCUCGUCGAGCGACAAUGAGGCCGUCCAGCCCACCACUUACCCUCCAAGUCGAGACGAUCGAGUCUUGAGCCCAAGUCCUCCGCUUUUCCCAGCCAAGGGCGCAAUGAACGUCGAACUUAUCCUCGAGCAAACCAAAAUAUACUACUCGGCUCAGCUGGACACCAUUCGUCUGCAAACGGCCGAGAUCCAUGAUGCCGCCGACUUAUCGAGCCUGUUCUGGUCGAAUGUCAAAUUAGCCAUAUACUUUCUGAAGACGAAAACUCCGUCUCUGGCAUGGCCGCUGCUCAACGAGGCAUGUCGCUUCGCCGGAAGCAUGCUCACAAACGCACCCAUCCUGUUCCUGAACAGUGUCUUCACGGUCUUGUCGCCUGUCAACACCAGGGUCUGUCCAGUGGUCCGUAGCAUCAUCCUCCGGUACCUUUCCCAGUUGGCCACGAUCAGGCUGACACCUAGACACCCAUUGUCAAUUCUCUUCCGCGAAAUAUCUCAGGAGGACGAUUCUGGAUUGGCGUCAGAAACAGCAUUGAAUCUCACUCUGGAUAUGUUGAUCAACAGCCUCGGUGGGGACCAUAGUGCGACCUUCACUGUUCGUCGCUCGCUGAUCGCUCUCCUCCGGCGCGACAAGCGGCUCCAAGAAGCGAGACAAUACAGCGAACUUCUGGUCAAGGUGGCCGAGCAAACCUUGGUCUCACAGGUCUCACAGGCCGAACUUGCCAUUCCCAUUCACCAAAAGAAACCGACCAGUAUCAGCAUGACGGAUUUGUGUAUGGCCAUGACGGAGUUGGUGCACAUACACAUCGACAUGAAGGAGUACUCUGUGGCGCGGGGGAUUUGCUCGUCCGUGAUCCAGAAGUAUAACAUCGUGCAGGGGGUGAAUUUCCCGGACAGUCGAGCAGCUUAUGCGAUGGAGGAUAUGGCUGAGAUUUGUGGGCACUUGAAUGAUUUUCAGGGAGCCACAUACUGGCUGCGGCGGGCGUUUGAUGCGAGCUGCAUGUUGAGAGGCGAAGGAGACGCGGCAACGAAGCAUGUCAAGGACAAAUUGGAUGGGAUGAUGGUGAUGGUGAUGGUGAUGGAACCAGGUGUCGAUGCGGUGGACAUGGAGAUGAGCAUGGACAUGUUGGACAUGGAGAUGGGGUAUUACGUUGGAUGAGACGUUCCGCUGGCAAUACUGUACGUUGCGGACGGGUGCGUGUGCUGCAAUGCCAUGGCCUAAAGAUGGAUUGAGGCGCAGCGCACUUAUGUUUUAGCUGCACUGGUUGAUGGUGUAGCUGUACGGAGUACUGGUCAGAAAGCAUAUCCAGCACCUGAGGGUUAGUAACCAGUGACGGCAUCACACAACGUCCCUACUAUAAGGGUUGGUAGUGCAGGAUUGGAGAGAACUCUUUACCGAAGAGCACGGAGUCUAGUCAUCGAGGUCCGGCUAUCGAGAUUUCUCCAUGAUGCCCCCCCGAUGAUGCCCCCAUUGGAGUAAAUCCACCACUUUUGCAUUGGA